GGGCUCGCAGCAAAGGAAAUAGGAUUGAAUGCUCCGAUAAAUUGAGAAAGCUGAAACGCGUCUUCGAACGGCUGAAAUGUUCUCCCACAAUCGUCUCUUCCCUAUUUGUUUGUAAACGGUACAGAAAACGAUUCGACGGCAAAGGACCACAACACUUACUUUAAACGACGAGCGCCGGAUAUUAGAAUGAACUCUCGAUAAUUUUUUGAGGUUAAAUUUUCUGCUCAUUCCAGUUUCAACAAAGUGCUAUUUUGAACAAGUUCUGUCUCCAAUUCAUAUCCACUACAACCUAAGCUGUAUAUCCUUAAAAAAACCUGCAGGUUUUGAUUUUACAUUGAACACAAUAGCUGAUGGUUAUGAACCACCCACACGAUCUCAGAGCAAGGAAGUUCAACUGCGCCCUCAGUCUUGCGAGUGGCUCCUUAUAUUCUGUGUAUAAAUGUAUAUGCAAACGAUCUCGCCUUCUUUUAGAGGUACUGUACUGCAAAGAGUGGAGAAGUGGAAUAUGUUGAGGUCUCGUAUCGCUACUGGAUCGUCGAGCGUGAUUACGUUUCCUGAACUUGUUGCUGGUGGACUGAAAAGCUCUAUUUGAGGGAUUCUCCUGUCACGGCUCCGGUUCAGGUUCUUCGUAUUUUCUAUACAUAUGUCCAUUAACGUGUAGUGGAUUGAAGUGAUACAGCACCGAAAUCUGAAUGCAUCAGACAAGUGGCCGACUCUUCAGAGAGAUGUCAGGCGUGCGGCAUCAAGCGUGGUUCUGAAUCGGGGAAGCGACCUGUAUCUCCCUGUGACACCCUCCCAGCCAGCCAGCCAGGCAGGCAGUAAAGUAUCGGAGCGAUGGCAGCGGGAGUAGCCGCCUGGCUCCCGUUUGCCCGGGCGGCCGCUAUCGGAUGGAUGCCGGUGGCCAGCCAGCCCAUGCCCGCCGCCCCCAGCGAGAGGAAGCGGCCCCAGGACGGGCUGGUCAUCCUGAAUGUGAGCGGCAGGCGCUUCCAGACGUGGAGGAGCACUUUGGAGAGGUACCCGGACACUUUGCUGGGCAGCUCGGAGAAAGACUUCUUCUACAACGAGGAGAUCCGCGAGUAUUUCUUCGACCGGGACCCUGACAUCUUCAGGAGCAUCCUGAAUUUUUACCGGACCGGCAAGCUGCACUACCCGAGGCACGAGUGCAUCUCGGCUUACGACGAGGAGCUCUCCUUCUUCGGCAUCAUCCCGGAGAUCAUCGGCGACUGCUGCUACGAAGAAUACAAGGACCGAAAGCGGGAAAACAUCGAGCGGAUCAUGGACGACGCCGAGGACGACAUCAGCAGCGAGAACCGGCUGCCGUCCAUGACCGCCCGCCAAAAGGUGUGGCGGGCUUUCGAGAACCCGCACACCAGCACCUUGGCACUCGUCUUCUACUACGUGACGGGCUUCUUCAUCGCGGUGUCGGUGAUGGCCAACGUGGUGGAGACGGUGCCGUGCGGCUCGCUGCCGGGCAGUGUGAAGGAGUUGCCGUGCGGUGAGCGCUACGCCCUGGCCUUCUUCUGCCUGGAUACAGCGUGCGUCAUGAUCUUCACGGUCGAGUACCUGCUCCGCCUCGUGGCGGCCCCCAGCCGUUACCGCUUCGUGCGCAGCGUCAUGAGCAUCAUCGACGUGGUCGCCAUCAUGCCCUACUACAUCGGCCUGGUCAUGACCGACAACGAGGAUGUCAGCGGCGCCUUCGUCACCCUGCGCGUUUUCCGCGUCUUCAGGAUAUUCAAGUUCUCCCGCCACUCGCAGGGCCUGCGCAUCCUGGGCUACACCCUCAAGAGCUGCGCCUCGGAGCUCGGCUUCCUCCUCUUCUCCCUCACCAUGGCCAUCAUCAUCUUCGCCACCGUCAUGUUCUACGCCGAGAAGGGCUCCUCCGCCACCAAGUUCACCAGCAUCCCGGCCGCCUUCUGGUACACCAUCGUCACCAUGACCACCCUGGGGUAUGGUGACAUGGUACCAAAGACCAUUGCUGGGAAGAUUUUUGGUUCUAUCUGCUCUUUGAGUGGUGUGUUGGUUAUUGCCUUACCUGUCCCUGUGAUUGUCUCAAACUUCAGCCGCAUCUACCAUCAAAACCAACGGGCAGAUAAACGCAAAGCACAGAAGAAAGCCAGACUUGCAAGAAUCCGAGUGGCGAAGAGUGGGAGUGCAAGUGCUUAUAUGCAGAGCAAGCACAAUGGCUUACUAAGUGAUUCACUGGAGCAGAUGUCUAAUGAUGAAGAACAAGCCUUAGUUAGCAAGUCAGGGUCUUCAUUUCAGAGGCAGCAUCACCAUCUCUUACACUGUUUGGAAAAAACUACGGGAUUGUCCUAUCUUGUGGAUGAUCCCCUCUUAUCAAUUCGGUCUUCAACAUCUAUUAAGAAUCAUGACUUUGUGGAUGAACAAACAUACGAAGAGAAUUGUCUAGAGGGAUCCACAAGAAAUCGAUCAAAUUCGCACAGCCCUUCUCUCUCAUCUCACCAUGGUUUAACAGGAACAUGUUGCUCAAGACGCAGCAAAAAGCCUUUCCGGCUCCCAAAUUCCAACAUUACUUGCAGUCACCCUGGAAGCGUACAGGAGCUCAGCACCAUUCAGAUCCGAUGUGUACAGCAGAGUGCACUCUCCAAUAGCCGAUCCAGCUUGAAUGCAAACAUAGAAGAAAGUGUCAAACUAAAUUGUGAGAAAUCCUAUAUAACAACAGCAGUAAUAAGCAUGCCCAGCCCGCCUGCUACAACACCCGAAGGAGAUUACAGGUCUGACUCUCCAGAUCAAGCAGAAACCAACAUUGUAAAAGUGUCAGCACUGUAAAAAUCUUAUCAACUCAAAUGUGAGCCUGGAAAGUCAUGACCGACCACCUGUGUUAUGUUCCUGCUAUUGAAGAAGUAGAAAAGAGCAUCACAGGCUGGGGAGCAAGAGGAGAACGUGAGUGUUUUCCCUGAUAGUUUUGCAUUGUGAAGUCCAUGACAAAAGAGAUCAUCACACUGAAGAUGUUUAUCAGUGAAGCUUGUCAUCAGAGUUAUGUAACAUUGAGAGUGAGAUGAGCAAAAAGAGGUAUCAUUAAGCUUGCAAAAGCUCUGCAAUGAGUACGUUGCAGUUGAGCACAAUGAGACAUUUCCACUUUUGCUACAUUUCCUGCCUGAAGACUUGUUUUGUGAGAGAAGUACACAUGAACUGGAAAGUGUGUAUGAGGGAGAAACUACAAGUGAAAUUUUCCUCCUCGCAGCAGCAAUUAUUUCAGCAAAAAUAAAAUAAAUUUAUUUAAGUUAUAAGUAACUGUAAAUAUUGGAUUGAAGACUAACAUACUUUAAACAAAUACCACAGAGUUGCAUGUUAAGUUUUUUCCCUGGGGCAUUUAAUACAUAACAUUCAUGUUUUUCAAGCAAUGAGCACGUACAAUAUUUUGCCAAAAUCAGGGUCUGUUUCCUAACAGGAGGACAACUAUGUAUAGAUGGUCAUCAGUUACCAAAAGAUUGUUUAAGACCAGAUGGAAAAAAAAAUUGCUGUGAUGUGUUCCGGUUAUUAAUUUAUAUUAGCCAAUUACAAUACAGUAAAACCUUGAAAAUAAUAACCUCCAAAUUGAAAUUACUGUAUUGAAGCCUUCACAGCAAGACAGAGCAGAAUACAAUUUUUUAAUCAAUACUUUCUUUUUCCUGUACAAGCUUGUUCUAUAAUGCUUAUAAUGAGUGUGAACAAUUUUUGGGCAAGCGCUUGAAUGGGUGGACUGCAGUUGAUGUGUAUUACAGAUUUUAUCUUUUCUCAUUGCAGCUGUAGCAAGCCUAAGACUGUUCCUUCUGCAUGGUCUCCCACAGUUAUAUGGGACUUAGUAGGUGGUUAUUCAGCAAGCUUUGUGCUGUCAUCAUUUGCAACUGUGGAAGUUGUUCUUCCUCCUAUAAAAUUAUGUAUAUUUUUGAGUUAGUAUCUUCAAAGGUACUGAAUUACAUCAUUGAUUUCUUUCUCAAAAUAAAAAUGGGGAUUUUAGAUGUGCCAGUAUUUAAGUAAUUUAGUCUUUAGUUAAGCCAUUUUUCUUGAAAUUACCCUGAAUGGUAUUAUGACGUAAAGGAAGAUGCUUUAUUCUCAGCCACAGCUCAAAGGAAAGAGAACCACGACCCAUACUCUUGCGACUGCUCAGUAGACAGAGCAUGUUUCAAAGUAAACCUGUUUAUCAAUUCCCCUACCCCUUUCUGCCUAAUAGUAAAAUAUCAAGUGAUACGUUGCUUCAAAGAGAGGUUAGAAGGACAGAAUCUUCAAGUUUGCAUGAUUAAUAUUUCUGUGGCAAGGCAGUGAACUUCCCACCAUGUUAUUUUUCUUUCUGUAAUGCUGUUGUAUUUAGACAAAUAUAUAUAGUUUACAAAUGUGAACAUUGUUGACGUGCUGUUAAAUGGGGUAGGUUGCUUGGAAAGAAAAAUUUUUUAAAAAUUGCAUUUUUGUUCAGCAUUUUCCUAGAUUGGUCUCUGGCUGAAGCACUGCAAAGUAAUACAGCAAUACUUCUUUAAAAAUCAAAUUACUAUCCGAUUGCAAAAAUAAAAUUAUUUGCUGAACGCUCUUACAGUAAAGGAUAACAGACAUUGCAUCUGGAACUUUCUCACCUACACUAAAGUAUUACUUAUGCAAAAGUUUCAUUCCUGAACAUUCUUUUAUAUAAAUGUCCUUCAGAUGUCGUAAGGGUGAUUCAGAAAUCUGUCAUAUUUACUGUCCUCCAUUGUAAAAUGAUUGUUGCAGUGUGCAAUGCUCUGUGCUGUAGUUGUAAUUUGUAGUGUAUGCUAUGAUUUCACUGUUUUGGAUUUAAACAGCUUUCAUAAGUUCUACUUUAGGAAAGCAGCAUAAUUUGUCAUCUACUAUGCUGGAGAACUAAACAUCUAGAAAUAAAAUGUCUGCAUGCUUCAGUUGGAAGGGACGAUCUUGUAACUAGAAGUUAUGCUUGAAAAUCAACAGCAUUCAUGUUCUUCACUACAGAAAGAUUAAGUCUUGUAAAACUGUCCCAAGGUAAAUUGUGAGGGGCAAAUAGUAUAAGAAUAAUGUGAGAUAACAAUGAAGUGUUUUUGCAGACAAAAUGAGCAGCUGGAAAACAGAAUGUAUUUAAUAGAACUUAGCGAUACAGAGAAUGUUUCAACUGAAUGUCAUCACCUGUAAAAUAUACACAAAGUUGUGGUGUUAAAAUGCAAGUAUGCAGCAGAAUGAGGGAUCAAAAAUUGUGCAUUUUACAUAAUUUUUAAAAACAAAGGCACAAUGGAGACACAUGAUACAGAAAAUGAUUCCCAUGUACACAAGUGAGAUUAAAAUGUUUUAAUU